AUGCCGAUCCUUAAGAACACCCUUGCAAAAGAAAACAUGUUUUUUCUCUGUACAUCUGGAAUAGCAUAUUGUGGUUGGAUUAUUGCCUUUGGAUCAGCCUGUGACCUUAAGGUUCAGAGUGGACUGACUUGGUGGGUGAUUAUCUACGAGCUUUUAUUGACGAGCGUCAUUACACAUUUGACCUUUUCUGGUCUAUUCAUGCAAUACCGACUGGCAGUAUUGACAUUUUUGGCUGCAAGUAUUUCACUAUUAUCACAACAAAUUGAAAUUAGUCUGUUGGAAGCAAAAUUACUCGAUGAUAGUGCACAAAAAGCCAAGGCAGCAGGAUUGAUUAUAUUGAUCAUAAUUCGAUUUGUCUGGGUCAUUGUUUUUGGCAGUGAAUCGGAUAGUGCAGUCAGCCACAGCUUAGCUCGGCUUGUGUCCAGAAAUAACUCGGUCACACAAAGCCCAAGCAGGCGAAUUGAUCCUGCCGACAUGUCGAGCGAAAAGAUAUUUUACCGAGACAAUUCAAUCACAAGAAGAAGCAUGAACCUUUUGCCCAACUCGAACUCGAGUCCAAUUCAGAGUCCUCCUCACACAUUCUCGUACAAUAGUACCGGCCCACACAACGACAUUAAUCCUACUACUACCAAUGCUACUAAUACUGCCAAUACUACUUCUAAUCCUACGUCACCUUAUCUCGAAAACGUGGCAAGUGACGCUGUGCCUUCAAUGGUGCACGGUCCGCUGGAGCCAAUGGAGUACACAGAACGUGUUGAAGCACUUCACGCUUAUCAAGCCAAUCGUGAUGACCCAACUGAGUUGAGCUUUGAAAAGUUUGAAACAUUGGAAAUUGCAAGUCGAGCAGGCAAUUGGUGGCAAGCACGUAAAAUGGAUGGCACUGUUGGUAUUAUCCCUAGCAACUAUCAUAGAAAUAACAACAAGUGUAUCAAUGCCAUUUUAGCAAAUGAAUUUCAAGAUUGA